AGGAAGUGCCCACACAUCAGCUGAGGAGAGCGGUGACAGGUCGGCAGGCUGCCCUGGUGUCGGUGUGAUACUCACUCUCCUGCUCUAAAAUUAAAACAACGAUGUAAAGCAGCGGGCUGGAGCCGAUUUACAAGCGUUGUGGACGAUCACCACUGAAGAUGCCUGCAGUACCAGUUGUGCCAGAGAACUACAGCCAUGCACUGGCAGAGUUUGAUUGCCUGGACCCACUUCUUUCUGCUCUGCGGUUGGACUCUGGCAGGCUGAAGUGUACCUGUUUAGCUGUGUCAAGGAAGUGGCUUGCAUUAGGAACCUCAGCAGGAGGGCUGCACCUGAUCCAGAGGGAGGGCUGGAAACAAAGGCUCAUCCUCACUCACAAGGAGGGAUGGAUCACUCAGGUGGCAUGUUGCCCUCAUGAUGAAGACUUUAUUGCUGUUGCAACAAGUCAGGGUCUGGUUGUUGUGUGGGAGCUUCAGUUGGAGCGGCGAGGUCCUCCAGAGAGGGUCAGUGUGUCCUGGGAACACAGAGGUCAGGCAGUCACUGCGCUCUGCUGGGACACCAGCGCUCUUCGAGUUUUUGUUGGGGAUGCUGGAGGCAAGGUUUCCUUUCUCCGAGCAGGAUCCUCCAAGCUAGGCAAGGGGUCGGCAUUUGUCAUAUUCCCUGUUCAGACCGUCACCACGGUGGACUCCAGGGUGGUUCAGCUUGGUUAUCAAGAUGGCCGCCUGACUGUAUCUUCUCUGAGCCGCUGUUACCUCUGUGACACAGAGAGAGAGAAGUUCUGGCGAGUUGGGAACAAGGAGCGUGAUGGGGAGUAUGGAGCCUGUUUUUUCCCUCAGAACAGAGGGUUAUUAGUUGGACAGCCGCCCCUUCUGUACUGUGCUCGCCCUGGAUCUAGAAUAUGGGAGGCAAAUUUCAAUGGCGAGGUUCUGAGCACCCAUCAGUUCAAACAGCUUCUGGCCUGUCCUCCUCUACCUCUCAUCACUUACAGAAAUGAGCCUCAGUAUAACCCAGGACAGAAGACACCCCAGUCCAUUGCUUUUCCCAAACUGCUUUACUUGGGAGACCAAAACCUGCUGACCUGGACUGAAUCAGCUAUUUAUAUCUUCACACCUCAGAAUGGACAGGUGCUCUUAUGGACAGAAGUCAAAGACUUGGCUGAUGUAGCAGUCUAUCGCAAUGAGCUCUUCUGUCUCCAUGGCAGUGGACGUCUGUCCCACCUCUCCCUGUUAUCUGCAGAACGAUGUGUUGAGCGGCUGCUCCGGAGAGAGUCCUGGCCUCUGGCUGCUGUGGUCUGUUGUAUGUUCCAGCACAUAAUCACCACCAGCAAGGCCAGGAAGUCCAUUCCAAUUGACCGCCUUGAACAUCUUCGGUCCCAGCUCAGUUCCAGCACACACCUCGAGCUGAUUGGCCAGCUGGAAGAAGUCAUCACUAAACUGGAGCCCCUGGACUCCGCCUCCAGCAGCCGGAGAAGCAGCAUCUCCUCACAUGAGAGCUUCAACGUCCUGGACUGUGGAAUCUACCGUGUGAUCAGUCGCAGGGGAAGCCAGUCUGAUGAAGAGACGGGCUCCCUCAUCAAUCCCUCUGUGUCUGAAGAGGAGCGGCUCAAAGAGUUCAGCUUUGUACAAGAAGAAGAUCUGGCGGAUCAUGAUCCACAGAGCAGUGAGCGUCUGGAGGCUGAACGAUCUGAGCAAGGCCUGCAGUUCCACCUCCCCCUCUCAUUCCGCCCCAAACCCCCUCGCAUCGCACUGCAGGCUGUCAAAGACAGUGUUUCGAGCUUUGUUAAGAAGACAACAGAGAAGAUCAACACCCUCCAGAUGAACUCUGAGCUCUGGCAGCGCCCUGAAUUUAGAGAAGGUGGGCAGUCUGAAAUAUCAGCUACUACAGCGCCCUACUUAGAGGAAAUAGACAAUGAAGUUUAUGACGACAUGCCAAACACAGAAGCUGACAUGCAGGAACUUCGAGCAGCAACAGAGCGAGCUAUCUCUCAAAUCCAGGAUCCCUGGGUGCUACUGGAUCCAGUCUGCCUGGGUGAAACUCUGCUGGAGUGGCUGCCAGUGCUGGAGCGAAUACUCGGACCUGUAGAGCUUGGGCUAGUCGCUGCUGGUGAUUCAAAUGCCGAUGGGCCAGGAGAGGAGAGGUGGGAGAGAGAUUAUCUAAAUACAAGCUCAGAGCAACAAGAGGAGCUGUCGGAGGAACCAACAGAGAGCAUGACAGAGGAGAAGAAAGACGAAGCACCUGAGCCUGCAGAAAAAGAAAAGCCAUGUGAUUCUGUUGAGACAGAGGCCGAGGUUGUAAUUGGGGCAACCCCCCAAGAACCUGUGCGAGUGGUGACUCCUGAGCCCGUACCUUCAGAUCUCCUGGUUAACCUCACACAGCUGGCCACACUGUACACAGAGCUGAGCUGCUUUAGAAAGCAGGAGAAUGAACAGAAAGGGCUGGGAUGCACAACUUUCCUGCGGCGCUACUUCUUUCUACUGGACCAAGAGCGAGUGAGGAGGAUGUGUCUGCUGUGUUAUCAGGAGCAGCCGGAGGUGCAGAGCUCCUUCAUUGAGGCCAUGCUAGAUCUCACUCAGUCCAGUAAGGUGGUCGAGGUUAUCCAGAGAGGGGAUCUGCUGAGAUCACUGCGCAGUAUGAGAGAGCUUCAGCCCUGGAGUGCACCUCCUCUCCUUGCUCACUUGCACAGGCUGUAUGAGAAACAUGGGGAGGCAGCCAUUCGUUCAUUUUCCCAGUUUUAUCCCACGAUAACUCCUGCAGAUGUCAUGGCCAUGGCUCAACAGAGCCACUUCCUAGCUUACCUGGAUAAUCUGGUUCAGUCUCGAACAGAGGGGCACAGGUCACCAUUUUUACAGUCCCUUCUUGAACCAGAAUCACUGAGACAGGAUUGGCUGGAGCUGGCGCUCACUCAUGACGCCCCUCAGCACUCUGACACCUUGACCCCUGAUGGACAGCCCAGGUGGCGCUCUCAUUGUUUCACUUGGGGUUACGGGCGCCUCCUGUCUCUUCUCAUCGGUCUCCCUGCAGACUUUUCCUCCAAGCAGAAGAUGGCAGAGACUUGCCGCAGUCACGGAUACUGGAUGGGCUACCUUUACCUCUGCCGUGAGCUGCAGUGUCGCACAGAGGCCUUCUCCACCAUUUGUCAGCUGGAUGACAUCAGUCUGCUCGAGGGACCUGAUGGUGUUGAGCCCCAGACCUUAGAGGAGUGGAAGCUUUUGAUCCAGUUAUGUCAGCGGAGAAGCUCCGAGGUCGACUCGGAGCAGCUCACAGGAGUGAACGGGAGCAGCUGGUCUAACGGCUCAGCAGACUGCGGGGGGAGGAUCAGCCCAGAGAGCCUGACCCUGAUGCUGGCUCAGAGAGCUGGACCUGACCGCACCAUGGCGGUCCUGGAAGAGUGUGGAGUGCAGCUGGUCCUCUCACCACACUCCAAACUGGUGUGUGAACUGCUGCGAGUCACUGAGAAGAGGCAGAGAGCGAUGAUCCAGACGAUGCUUGAGCGCUGUGAUCGCUUCCUGUGGUCUCAACAUGCCUGAAAAACAUCUCUGCUGUGUCUUCAGCUUCUCCCACAUCUUACAUGAUAACUAACACUGUAUGCAGUUCUCUUUCUGCUGAUAAUGACUUUAUUUAUGCACUGUACUCCUCAAAGCUUUCAAAGGAAGGCUCUUAUCGCCUCCCAAAAGACAGUAUUAUUUAACUUCACUUUGCUUUUACAAAAAAAAAAACUGUAUUAUUCUCAUGAUUCCAUUUACUUGCCAGUUUUGUUUUUAUUAAGAUUUAUUUGCCAGGUAUCACCUUAAAAAACUUUUUUUUGCAUGAAAGCAAAAAUUAAUAUAUCUAACUUAGAAGUGUUACAUUGAACUUAACUGAACUCUAAUGUGAAUAAAGCUGUUUGUGUUUUAAA